GAGGGGCCGGCGAGCGGCCCUCCCGCGUCGGAGGCGGAGAGGGGGAAUGGCGGCGGUGGCGGCUAUGGCGGAGGCGCGGCUGCGGCGGAAGCAGCUGCUGAGCGCGGAGGAGGCGGAGUUGUUCGAGCUAGCGCAGGCGGCGGGUAGCGGGCUGGACCCGGAGGUGUUCCGGGUGCUGCUGGACCUGUUGCGCAUGAACGUGGCGCCGCUCGCCGUCUUUCAGGUGCUGAAGUCCAUGUGCGCCGGGCAGCGGCUGCCGCCGGGACCCGAGGGCGGCCCUCCUGCCGCGCCGGCCCUGCUCCCCGCCGACACUCGAGAUAUGAAGUGGCCACAUGCUCUUACUUGGAAGUUCUUGAGUUGUCUUUCUGGUGCUGCAAGGUGUUGUGUUAUUCAUGUGGGUCCUGUUCUCAGCUGCUCCAAGGAGACAGGAUGGUUUGGGAGAAAUAAAAGCAGUUCUGCUGUCAGCGGGACCCAGGUUCUAGCAGAAAGAAGCAGCCGAGAAGGAUCUGCCCAGAGGAUGCCUCGGCAACCCAGUGCAAGCCGGCUGCAGAAGACAGGAGCUUCUGGAAAGAACACUGGAGGAGGCAGCAGUACCUAAAUAAGGCCUUGAAACUGAUGUAUUUUGAUGCUUGGCAAUGUAUAUAAACCAUUUGGUAAAACUGC